UGUGCCCGAUCCCUCUGCCACGCCGGUCCUCUGCCUUGUCUCCUGAGAGAGCUGCUCUGCGAUGGCACCAAAGAAGAAGGAAGAGCCCAAACCUGCAGCAGCAGCAGCAGCAGCAGCACCUCCCAAACCCCCAGAGCCCGAGCCGCCGAAGACGCCGGCGUUUGACCCUGCAACAAUCACGCUGGAAUUCACCCCGGAGCAGAUUGAGGACUUUAAAGAUUCUUUCCAGCUGUUCGACAGGACACCAGCCAAUGAAAUGAAAAUCACUUACGCGCAGUGCGGUGAUCUGAUCAGAGCUUUGGGCCAGAAUCCUACCAACACGGAGAUGAUGUACGUCCUCGGAAAGCCGACCCCAGAAGAAAUGCAAACCAAAAUGCUUGACUUUGACCAGUUUCUGCCUUUGCAUCAACACAUCUGCAAGGCCAAAAACCAGGGAACAUAUGAGGACUUUGUGGAGGGUCUGAGGGUAUUUGACAAGGAGGGGAACGGCACGGUCAUGGGGGCGGAGCUCCGGCACGUUUUGGCAACACUCGGUGAGAAGUUGAGAGAGGACGAGGUGGAGCAGCUGAUGCAAAACCAGGAGGAUGCUAAUGGAUGCAUCAAUUACGAAGCUUUUGUGAAAUACAUUAUGGCAUCUUAAAGUGAGUUGGUUUGUCCUUCACCACAGAGCAGUUCAUAUCUCGCUUAUUCUCAUGCAUCUUUACUCAUCAAUAUUUCAGCUGGUUGUUUAAGGCCGCCUGUGUUGAUGUUGUGCACAUAUUGCACCUUAUGUUCAUAUUGUAGAUCAUGCUAAAUAAACAAAUACAUUGUGA